AUGUCACAGGAAAGAAGAGAAACCAGAGGAAAGGCUAUUAUUGUAGAAGGGAUCUCUGAGGAGGAAGAACAUCACGACAUGAAGCCUCAACUCAUUGCACUAAUCAAGAACAAUUGCUCCUAUGGUGGGAAUCCAUUAGAGGAUCCUAAACAGCACAUAUCUGUUUUUCUGAGGACGUGUGGUGCUGUCAACUCCGAUUGUGCAAAUCAUGAUGCCUAUAAGCUCUUGUUAUUCCCCUUCUCACUAAGGGAUGAAGCGGCACAAUGGCUUAAAACUUUUCCCCAAGAAAGUAUCACUAGUUGGGAUGAUUUGGUUGCCAAAUUUCUAGCCAAAUUCUCCUCAUCCCAACAAAACAUCAAGAUGAAAGAGGGAAUACAUCCAUUCAUACAAGGAGAGGAAGAACCAUUGUUCAAAGCAUGGGAAAGACACAUGAAAGCAAAUGACAAAGUGGGUUUCCAAGCGUUCUAUGAAGGAUUAACCCCAGAAACAAGAAGAGCGGUGGAUUACUUCUCAGAUGACCUACUCAAAGCAACAGCAGCUGACCAAGGAACUGCAGAGUUUAAUGACAAGAGAGCCAAUAACCAACACUCAUUUGAGACCCCACAGAAUGCAACUUCAGAAAAGGAGAUAAUGAAUCUUGAAGGAAUGAAGGUAGUCAUGAAUCAAAGCAAACAGCUACAUCAGCAAACUCAGCAACAAUUGGAGUCAAUAGCUAGACAAAUUGAUUUUCUCCAUUCUACUACAGUGAAUGCACAAUUUCCACCAUGGAAGCCACAUUCUUAUCUAAGAAUGAGGGAAUCUCAACAUCAGGAACAAAGGGACUUCAACUACAACAACCCCAAUUUCCCAAACCUGCAAAAACACCACCAUACCAACAACAAUCAAUACAUACCACCACACUACCCACCCUUCCAACCCCCAACACCCCACAACCAACCAAUCUCACAAGACUCUCAGAGGAUCACCAAUCUAGAGAUCUUAGUAGAGAGAAUAAUGAAACAUCAAGAGAUGAUAAGUAAACACCAGGAAGCCUCACUCGGGAGAAUUGAGGGGCAAAUAGAACAAUUAGCCAAGAACCUCACAGAAAUGAGUGAGAAGAGGGCUAAAAGAAAAGAAUUACUCAUCCAAGAUGAGCAUCACAAAGCAAAACCUCACUUAGGAGGACAAUGGGCCAAGGAGAAGGAAGCUCAGAAUCUGAGCUGA